UAAAAACUUCCAUUUGUUGACUGGAUAAUCAUUGUUUAUACUUGUUCAAGUCAAACAACGUAUUAAAUCAAAAUGUCAGGACGAGGAAAAGGAGGAAAAGCAAAAGCAAAGGCAAAGUCUAGGUCAUCCCGUGCCGGACUUCAGUUCCCAGUAGGUCGUAUCCACAGACUUUUGAGGAAAGGAAACUACGCCGAGAGAGUUGGUGCCGGAGCACCAGUCUACCUUGCCGCUGUCUUGGAAUACUUAGCAGCUGAGGUUUUGGAGUUGGCAGGAAAUGCUGCCCGUGACAACAAGAAGAGCAGAAUCAUCCCCCGUCAUCUCCAGUUGGCCAUCAGAAACGACGAAGAAUUGAACAAACUUCUCUCUGGUGUAACCAUUGCACAAGGUGGUGUUUUACCAAACAUCCAGGCUGUACUUCUGCCAAAGAAGACACAGAAAGCUGCCAAGUAAAGUCAACACUACAGAAACUUCACUUACAACGGCCCUUUUCAGGGCCACCAACAUUUUUCAAAAAGAAUCUGACUUUGUUGUACAAUUUAGUUGAAUGCAGAAAGCAAUCUCAAACAUAGCUCACUCCCUCCAUUUCUCUUGUCUUUAUCUCUUUAUUUUUCCUUUUCUUUAUAAACAGC